CCAGUGCAUUUGUAUUCAUGUGGCAUGAAUGCCACAUGAAUUCUGUUCUAAGAAUAGUGUGUUGUGAGGUUGUAGUUGGACUCUGUGUGGGGGACAGGUAGGUCUUUAUCGGUUUUAAACGUUGAACUUCAUUAUAAAGACUCUUUUUGUGUUUCAAAGGAGGUAAAGUUGUGUACUUUUGUAUUUAUUUCCGUAUUUUGAUAUUUGUUUUUUAUAAUCAUUGGAGUGUUUAGGACUUCUGGUUGAGGUUAUAGGUAAGUCCUCACCUGGUUAAGGUGGAUCACUGUUAAGGUUCGACAGCACAAAAUCAAUGAAAGUCAAUAGGAUAUCUGAAUGUUUGUAAUAUCAGCUGCAGAGAAAUGAGCAUAUGGUCGUGACGUCACACCGGCAGCGGACGUCUCUGACACCAGCUCCUUCUGGUGCGCGCGCGCGCAGCUCUGAUGACUGACCCACAUUCAGCAUCACCGCAGAUGCGUUCCUGGUAGAAAACAACAACAAACAGCCAUGAACGCCGGUGCCGCGGCCGCCUGCCUGCUCGCCGCCGCCGUCAGCUGCUACUUGUACGGCAGCGACGUGCUGACAUCGCUGCUCCGUCUCUCCGUUACAGAGGAGCCCUCCAUGCCCGAGCCGGGAGCUGGCGCGCGGCGGAGCCCGCAGGGAGUCCCGUACUCCGAGCUGCCGCACAUCGUCAACGCCGACGGACUGCACCUGUUCUGCCGCUACUGGGAGCCCGCCGCUCCGCCGAGGUGGAGGCCUACGACAACGACGAGCUGAACUACCACGGCAGAGUGCGCGUGUCAUUCGGCAUCGCGUUGAUGGGAGCUGCAGAGCGAAUCGAGAGGGAGAUCCCGUCCAUCAGCUGGCCUUUCCUGAUCCUCCACGGCGACGAUGACAAGCUCUGCGACAUCAGAGGCUCCAAAAUGAUGCAUGAGAAGGCUGCAAGUUCAGACAAGAAACUGAAGAUCUACGAAGGAGGCUACCAUGCACUCCACCACGACCUUCCAGAGGUGGCCGAGUCUGUGCUGAAAGACGUGACCGGCUGGAUCACGGAACGACUUCCUGACACAACAGCAGCCCAGCAGCACCGCUCGUAGAUCUGUGACUUGCAUAAUUCAGUCAGCGCUCCAAGGAACCUACCAGCCGUGUCACAGCAGGCGCGCUCAUUCUCCUGUAGCCUUUCAGGCAUAACAAUACUACUGCAGUCUCCUCUAUUGAAGACGCGCUAUUUUAUAUAAAAGGACAUUUAAUCUGUGUGGCAGGUUUAAACUUUCAGACAUCUAUUCCACGAGUUAACCUUCUUCCGUCUUCUUCUUGACUUAAAAUAAUUGAGGGUUUCAGAUGUUUGAGAAACUCAGCAGUAACUAUCCAGCAAAAUGUGCCAUCAGGAUGGUGCCUCAGGUGUUCCACCCAGCAGGCUUGUUUGUUUUUUAUCAUCUCUGUGGGACUUCUCUCAUGUUCAGGUCAGGUGAAGUUGUUAAAACAGAAUGUGCAAUAAUUAAGUUUCCAUCCACUCAUUUAAAAAAAAACAGAAAAGUUUUCUAAAGCAUGAAUUUCUCUGUUAUUGAUCUGUAAAUGAACAAGUUACUAAUAGCAAACCUUUUUGCUCAUCUUCCACUUACGAGCAGGUCAGAGGUCAGAGGUCAGGGUCGGCUCGAGGACGGCACAUCAGAAGCUGGAAGUGUGUCUGUCUGUUCUAUCUGUGUUGCUGAGAAUCCCAAAAUGCACAAUUUUAAGGUUUGUUCUUUCGUGUUUGAAGGAAGAAUCCUGAUUUAAGCACUCUCUUUAUUUAUAACAAAAACUCUUUGUAUGACCCCGCCCCCUGUGUGUUUCUUUUGUUUGGUUUGAAGACAGAUGGUUGACCUAAGGACAGAUGGUUGUCACAGAAAUGACUAACAAACUACUGGUCUAAUAGUUUUAUUAAUUAUGGAGAUAUUUCUAAUCUAAUCUUUUUAAGGUGGUAUUUUAUAUGACGGGGGAGCGCUCUCGUUACAUAAAAGUAAAGGGUUAUUUUCAUACUUUGAUGAGAGGAGGGUUGAACAGGUGAAGCUCAUUCUCUGCAGGUGGGGAUUGUAGUGAUGGGGUCAAAUGCUGUCUCAUUUCACUGACCUCUGACCUUUUGAUGCUUCACCACACAGUUGGGGGAAAAAAAUCAUAUUCAUGCAUCAUUAAGUCAGACUAUAAACUAUAGGGUCCAGCUGGAAAAUGGGGCAGAAACACUGUCUGUGAAAGGACAAAAGAAGCCAUUGUCUGUUUAUUAAAUACAAUCCAUCAAUGCCACGCAUCCCCAUCUAAAAGCGUGAUCAUAUUUCAUGUAAAUGAAUGGCUGUUGGUCAGGAGUGGCCAUAAAAGCCAUGAAACUUCCCUUUUUUUUGUUUCCAAAACAGCAGUGAAGCCAACUGUAGCUUCAUACAUGUUAGCAAUAAUAUCAAAGUACUUUUAUUAUUAUUUAUAGAUUAUUAAUGACAAGCUAAAGGCAGAAAUGUAACUUAAAGUGUAUUGACUGUGUUUAUCAGCUGAUGCCGAACGAUGGAGCCGCAGAUUUAUGAGGCGUGUAAAAGUUUCAGGAGUUGUUAUCCGCAGUGUCAGUCUCGGGAACCUGGAGCACGGUAGAUUGGGGUCUCCAUGGUAACAUGUGUGACCAUGGUAGCAGUCCAGCUACAUGUGUUUUCACAUGUGUGAUCCCCGUGGUGAUUCCAACAGAGACUGUUAAAGUGAGUCGAAGGCUUGCCAUUUGCGUGUUUCCACCUUUUGUGUGUGUUUUUGACGGAUAUUUUUUUUUUGGCUCUACUCUGUUAACAAGGAUUUUGUGCUGUCAAUCACUAUACAGGGCACUGUUGUUGUGCAACAAAUUGAACCAGCUGGUCCUUCCUGCAACUUACAUGUCUAUCAUAACAGUACAGGUCUGCUUUGGGCUGGCAGCUCUCUCUGUCAGUUCAGAAGAAAUAUGCCAUUCCUGAUUCUGCUGAGCUCGUACUAAAUUUUACAACUGUUUCUGUGUGUCAAACAUGUACUCAUUGCAAAUAGAAAAACUCAGCAGCAGUGAGCUCACCUUUCAGCCGUUUUCAGACAUAAUUUGAAAUGUAGUGUAUUUUUGACGUGAACCCCGAGCAGAACUGCAGGCGUUUCUCCACUAAGCCCCUAAUUAGGCUGCAGCACACACAGACCAAACAGCACUGGUCCUAUUUGAACUCCUAAUGACACCCCUGCUGCACAACAGGAGCACAAUGGUUUCAGCUCACAGCGCAGUUUCAGAAAUGCCCUACCUGUUCAGUUUAUGUGUGUGGAUAGAACUGCUAUCAGUCGCUUUGGGGGUGGAGAGGAGUAGGUAUUCAGCGAGAGGACAAGAGACCCAAUCUGACAGUAACCAUGGCAGCCGUCUCUUUCUUUCCUCUCCCAGCUCAAGAAAUGUAUUAAUUCCACGGGAAGCAUGGCAUGUGUGUUUAUGCUUUCAGGCCGUGUUGUCCAUUUACUGCUCAGAGGAUUCCCUUUUGUGCGAGCGUGCAGAUAAGAAAACGAAUAAGUGAAAGAUGGGAGCUGUGUGCAGUUGUUACAGCUCUGCCUGCUCUGCUGGUUGUACUGAAAACACCAUUUUCAUCCAGAAUUUGAUGGAUGUUAUUUAUUUAUUUUUUUUUUUAGAUGAUUCCUGGGGACAGAAUAACUUGCAUCUUUCUGGGAUUAAAUAUCUGCAAAGAUGCAGAUGCACUAAUGCUUGGCAGAUCUGGUAGUGAAGAUACUUCGUUUUUAUACUUAUUUUAUAUAAAGAAAGUGAAUGAACAUAAUGAAAGACCGACAGAUGUAUGUAAGUAGAUUACAGCAUCAUUACAGACCAAUUCAGUGGGCCUGCUGUUCUGUCUAUAGGGCAAGAUUUUUUUUUUUUUUUUUUUUUUUUUUUCUAUGACUUGAUGACUGUUUCUAAAGAAAGAAAUGUUAAAUAGGAUAAAAGACAACAGACACACACAAGUCUGUCUGGUUUAUGAGAUUCAAGUUUCCUGGAGAGUGCAAUGUUUUCUUAAAUCCCAUCUCUGAUCAGGGCUAAGCUUUCAAAAUGUCUGAACUCCAAAAUGUUUUAAAAUAGAAAAAAUAUAUAUAAAACACGACAUUUUCAAGGCAGAUAAAGACAAACUUUUCAGAGUAAUAUGUGGAAGUGUAAUACUAAUUUUCCAUUCAACAAAAUGGUCAAACUCCAAAUCGAUUUAGCAUUUCUUUUAUUCAUCUAGUUAAAAGUAUAUUUUAGAAAAGUAAUUUUACAUUUUAAUCUGUACAUAUUGAUCACCUGAAUGAAAACCUUUUGUUAUCACAACUUAAUUUUCACAGCUGUUUUAGACAUUGUUACACAAUUAUGACAACCAGCUCGAUGUCCACGUGUGUAGUCACCUCCAUAUGACUCAUUUUGUAAAAAGAAGCGGAAAGUCUUCAACCAACGCAUCAAACUUGAGUCUUGUUGCAAAAAUAUUGAGUGUCACAUGACAUUGAAUCAGGUUUUAUUUAUUUAUAAAGAUGUAUUUUUAGUAUAGUUUUUGAAAAAACACAUGAAGUUGAAAAAGAGCUUCAUAAAACCUUGUUCUGUAAAGUUGAUUUGCUGAUUUAAAUGAGUAAAUUGGACUAAUCUGGUUAAAUAAAAAUGUUUGAUUCAUUUGAAAAAAUGUUUAAAUUUAAAAUCUGUUUGUGAAAAUGUGUACUGAAAUCAUACUAAGUUGUUUUUGUUUGUUUUGUGCCUUAUACUAUGAUGAAUGUGUAUUGUAUAAUUUCCACAUGCAUCCAUAUUAUGUGUGUGUUUUGAGAAACACAAGAGAUGCUAUUAGUAAAGCAGAUACCAUUAAUUCUAUUUUCUCCUCUGGUUCUGUUCAUCUCCUCUUCCUGCGUCAUCCAAUUUACAUCUGUUUGUCAAAACUGAAGCGUUUAUUUCUGCUCCAUGUUCUGUGCAAGCUGAACUAUAGCACAGAAAUAUAUCACCUCCUAGUUCUGUUCAUCAUUCACAAUUUCUUUCAAUUCUAUUUAAAAACAAUGCUUGGCAUUGGAGUUAAGACUUUGGGCUGUAAAAAGAAAUUCAGUUUUGUUUUUGAUGCAAACAGGAAAUGAGGCGAUUUACAUACGACUGCAAAGUCAUUUAGAGGAAUCUGUAAGGCAAAAAGAUGAGCUGUGGUUAUUUUUGCUAAAAUCCGGACUUGUAUGUGCUAAAAUGCUACAAUCUGAGUCAAAACAAAAAUAUAUAUAAGCAUGAAAUUUUGUGAAGAAUUAGUCAUUUUUAUUGAGUCUUCAGCAAUAUGAAAUGUGAACUUUUGAAUCAUUUGUAGUACUUUGAAAUUUGAUUAUUUCUUACAUUUUUGUCCGAAAAUAUUUUUUGUGACACUAAUAAAACUGUAAAAACUAUAUAAACAUGAUUGCUGAAUACCAGGAAAAAACAUUCAAUAAAGCAGUGCUGUUUUUCUUUUA